UCAAAUAUUUUAUGCGAAAUGUAAUUUACAAACAUUGCAACAGCAUGUGUGUUUUUGAAAAUCAUGAUACCUGCUUCGAUUGGACAAGUUUGACAUUUCUUGUAUGGACCUUGUUUACAAACAUUCAUAUUUCGCUGCACGAUGGCCAUCGAGUACAAAGAUUUCUUUCUAAUUUGUCGAUUUUGCUUGUCCCGGGAUGAAUCGCAUCUUAUACCCAUCACAGAAGUCCUAGAUACAUCACUUACUGUAGAUAAUUUACGCAGCUGUACUGGAGUUCAUGUCGAUUCAAUACACACCGAUGGAGACACGAUGCACGUGAUUUGCUUCGACUGUACAAGCAAGCUGAAGAUGUUUGCUGCGUUCCGAAGGAAUUGUAUUAGCAACGAUUACCUAUUUCAUCAACUGUGGCGGGAAUCUCGUACAAACAGUAAAAUUGUUUCCGAUCUUGCUGCGGAAUAUCUGUAUGAUUCUGACGAUGCUCCUUUCGUGGUGGAGUUCCUCGAGGAUGAGAAUAUCGACAGUGAUACCGAUGGUUUACGAUUGACUCAAGAUGCAAACGGUUUUGAUGCCAUAGAAACAGAACAGUCCCCACUAGAAGAGGCAGUCAACUAUGAUGCCAAUAAUUCGGACAAUGAAGCACCAUCGAGCCAACAAAAUAGCAAUGAAAUUCAUCAACAAAGUGUAGCACCAAACACGAUCGAACAGGACGUGUUCGCAGACGAAACCCUUUACUCGGCUAACUCCAUUGAACUGGGUGAACCAUACUCUGACACUGAUGAGACCGAUGUGUUUCAAACUGGAACGAAGUUGACUAAUAGAAACAAAUCUUGUUUAAAAAUCGUUAGAACGAGUGACCGAACGAGUGGCGAUAGUCGCAAUUCUAACAUUGGAAAUAUGUUCUUUCGGCGUACCAGUCAGAAACGAGUAAAGCCACUUUGCGAAACGUGCGGUAAAUUGGUAUAUAAUCUCGCAUCGCAUAUCACAAGCCACACUGAUGAAUUCAACUAUGCGUGUCCGCAUUGUCCUAUCAAAAUGAAACAUUCAUCCUAUCUAGUGCGUCACAUACAAACUGUUCACUUUAAGACGGUAGUUAAAUCUUGCGCUACGUGCAAUAUAGGUUUCACCCAUUACACUACCUACCGAUCGCACAUGUAUACGGAACAUGGUAUCGGGAAGCUACAUGAAUGCCUAGUGUGCGCGAGAAGAUUUCCUGAAGCAUGCAGGCUGAGAAAACAUAUCAAACGAUUUCAUAACACUGAGAAGUACGAUUGUGAGGUUUGUGGCAGCAUAUUUAAAAUGCGCGAACAUCUGCAGAGACACCAAAAGAGGGUCCAUACGAGCGGACAACCCUACAAGUGUAGCCAGUGUCCGAAGCGAUUCAAAUGCGCAAGCUAUAGGAAAAAGCACGAACUAGUUCAUCAUAGUGGUAUUGUUUUGGAAUGUUCAGUUUGUGAUAAAUCAUUUCGAUAUAAAUAUCAGGUUAAUGCACAUAUGAGAAAAAUGCAUCCAGAAGCUAACCGCGAGACCAAAGUAACACAACAAGAAACCAAGAUUGGCUUCAGUGAAACUUCGUACACAGAAUUGAUGGAAUACGAAGCGUAUCUAAUUCCCAUCAACAAAAUAUUGGAUCCCACACUCACGAUCGACGAUGUAGAACGAUUUACUGGAAUACAGUUCAGUACGGAUGACGACGCGUCGUACGCGAUAUGUUUAGAAUGUACUAAUAGUCUGAAAAACUCUGUCGCCUUCCGGACCACCUGCUUGAACAAUGAUUCUCUCUUCCACGAGCUAUGCACUGUUGUGGCUACCGGUACAGAAAGCAUAUACGACGAAACGGUCGAAUAUCUGGAAAGCGAGUUUGAAGAGGAAGAUGACAACGAUUUUGAAAAAGUCGACGAAAAACCUUUCACAGCAUUGUCCGUCGAGCCGUUUUGGAGAGCAAAAAGUAGCCCGCAGCUCAUGUACGAAGAGGAAUACAUUCACGAUAGUCAGGAAGACACUGUAACAAGCAAUUACGAUGAGCAGCUGUCCAACGAGACCGACUUUCCUUACUCUGCUAAUCGUAUCGAACCCGGUGAAUCGGUUUCCGACGAAGACAUGUUUGCACCGAAUUUCUUCUCGCAGCCAAGCUACAAGAAACAGACAAAGAGCCCCAAAGAAACUAUUAAGCAAAUGCUUAAAACUACACCAUUUAGGACAAUACAGUACUUUGUAUCAAAGUAUAAGGAUUCAAAAUGUAUCCUGGAAAACGUGAAGGAGUUAAUUUCACAUUGCCAUUGCGCAUCGAGUGAAUUUUCACGUUUCCCCUGUUUCGAAUCUAAACGAAGGUACACCCUGUGUUUCCAUAUUGGACUUGAAAGUUUUGAAGUGUGUUGUUGUGAUGUUUGCAUGUUUAUUGUUUCCAUUCCAGUGCAAUUGUUGUGUUGUACCUUUAGUAAAGCUAGAUGCUGUGUAAAAAUGUUUGCAAUUUGCCGGUUUUGCUUGAACGAUGACGAGACAGGCCUUCGUCUUAUCACGGAAUCUGAAGAUGAUUCGCUCACUAUCGACGAGAUGGAACUAUUUACAGGAUUACAGCUAAACGACGGGCAGCUCUACUCGUACGCCGUUUGUUACGAAUGUUUAAAGCGUCUAGAAAUGAUGGGCACCUUUCGAGAACUUUGUUUAAGCAAUGAAGCUUACUUCCGACAAAUCUACGCCAUGCACUAUACAAAAGUAGAAUUAGCACCUACGGAAAUUGAGCUUGUGCCUAGUGUUACAUUGGAAGAAGAUAGCGCAGAUAGCAGCACAUCGAUAAUCUCCCGAAACCACUCAUCCCCACGCAGCAAUUUGGACGUUGAAGAGGAAAAGGAUGACUAUUGCUCUGUGCAGAACAGCAUCGAUCCGGUGCAAUCUCUCUUAUCCAAGGAUGACAAACGAGAUGACAAUUACGAGGAACAUUCAACAGAUUCAAUACCAAUAACAUCACCGCCCAAAGCUAAACUUGUACAAGCAAAGAACCAGAGCGUGUAUAAAAACCCGAAUCGAUCGAAGAACGCUAAUACGCAACGGCAACUUUGUAGCAUCUGUGGCAAAAUGGUAACAAACAUAGUGCUACACAUUUCCAGCCACACGAAGGAAGCCAACUACAAAUGUCCACACUGUCCUACGAAGAUGACUCAUCCCGCCAAUCUUAUGCGCCACAUUAAGGCUGUGCAUCUGAAGACGAUCGUAAAAUCGUGCGACUUGUGCGGCAAAGGCUUCACGCACAAAAACACCUACAAAUCUCACAUGCGUUCGCAACACAAUAUCGGAGAAUCCUUCAAGUGUGAAAUGUGCUCUAAGCUUUUCAAGCAUCCCAGUGGUUUGAGAGAUCAUGUCAUACGAUUUCAUACCAGCGACAGCAACUAUGAGUGCGUUUUAUGUGAGAAAAUGUUCAAAACGAAACAGGCGUUGAAGGAACACCAAAAUGUACAUACGGACGAACAACCUUAUUGCUGUAAGCAUUGCCAAAAGCGAUUUAAAAGCAGAAGCGCCAGGAAUGCGCAUCAGGUUACGCACAGUGGCAUUGUAUUUACCUGCAAGUACUGUGAUAAGUCAUAUCGUUACAAAGCUCUACUCAACAUGCACGUUCGAAAAUAUCACCAAUUUCGCACGAGCGAAUAUGACCGUGAUUAAUGCAAAACAGAAU